CGGUGGUUGGUCAGUUGACGAGCAGAGGCGGUCGAGUUAAGUUCGACGCGAUCGUCGAGAGUUCCAUCCGUCCGAGUACCGGAAAAACGAGAGCACCACCGUUGACGGGAAAGGAGUUGACAACGAAGGAGGAACGUUCCUCGAGUGCGUUCUGGAGCGCGAUAUACACGAGCGCACGAUGAGUUGCCGACGUUCAGGGUCAUCGUGGCCACACGUUGCUUGAAAAAAGAUAUCGAGGACGGACUCGUGAUCAAGCUGGAACACUAGGCCCCCACGCGGGAGGUCUGUCCUAGGGGAGCAGGAUGAUAGAUCCCAGUUCGUCGGAAGAGAGCGACGAAGAGAAGAAGGACGCGAAGGAUGUCGGAGGCGGUGGAGCCGGUGGAGGAGCCCGCGGUGGGAGCGGUAGCUCGUACGGGACUCGUCGUCAGAUCGGUCCAGGUGGAGGCCUCGGGGGCGCGAGCGGUCCCGCGUCGGGGAGCGUCAGCUCCCUGGCCUCGGGACUGACCGCGUCGCCUGGAGGAUCGAGUCACGGCCCCAUCGGGACUCCUCGCGCCGGUACCGCUGGCCAGGAUGGCUCGGGCCACGACUCCAAUCUCUCCGCGGCGAGGAACUCGUUGUCGCCGUCGAUGUCUGCCGCGCAGGACGCGGCCAACUACUCUCAGAGGCCCAACAGUCCCUCGCCAUCGGUCGCCAGCGAGAAAACCGACGCGGAUCCGCAGGACAAACAGGAGCGCGAAGAGGAAGAGAGGAAAACUAGGAUACAGUUGUACGUGUUCGUAUCGCGAUGCAUCGCGUAUCCGUUCAACGCCAAGCAACCGUUGGAUAUGACGAGGCGUCAGCUGAAGGUGACCAAGCAACAACUCGAGACGAUAUCCUCCCGGUUUCAGAGUUUCUUAAAUGGCGAAACGCAGAUAAUGGCCGACGAAGCAUUCCACAACGCUAUAAAGAAUUACUACGACGUAUUUUUAACGUCGGACAGAGUGAUCGAGAUGGUGCAAGGGGGUGCUUGCUCUCAGCUCGAUUUCCGCGAGGUAUUCAAGAAGAACGUCGAGAUGCGUGUUCGACGCCUCCCGGAAAUCGAUGGGUUGAGCAAAGAGACUGUGCUUACGUCCUGGCUGGCCAAAUUCGAUUGUAUCAUGAAAGGUACGGGUGACGAGGAGACCAAGAGGCCCUCCAGGAUGCAACAGCAGUCUUUGAUUUCGGACAUGAUACUGUCCAAGGAGCAGUUGUACGACAUGUUUCAGCAAAUCCUUGGCAUCAAAAAGUUUGAGCACCAGCUUCUGUUCAACGCCCUCCUGUUGGACUCAGCCGACGAACAGGCUGCCGCCAUCAGGAGGGAGCUGGACGGUCGUCUUCAAAGAGUGAACGAGAUGGAAAAGAAUCGCAAGCUCAUGCCCAAGUUCCUGUUAAAAGAGAUGGAGUCGCUCUACAUCGAGGAGCUUAAGUCGUCUAUCAACGUCCUAAUGUCUAAUUUGGAGCUGUUACCAGUUUCUAAGGGUUCGAUAGACAGCAGAUACGGACUGCAGAAGCUGAAGCGCUACAAUCGUCGUGAGCGCUCCCGCUGCCGCGGUCAGGGGUCUCUUUCGAAAUUGGAGAGCGACUCCGCCGAUUCUGAAACACAGUUGACCAAGAUGGACGUAGGCCUGACUUUCCAGUUGGCCGUAGUCGUAAUCGAGGUCAGGGGCUUGAAGAGUUUGCCACCGAACAAAAUUGUUUACUGCACGAUGGAAGUCGAGAGUAACAAGCUGCAGACUGAUCACGCCGAGGCCUCCAAACCUAUGUGGGACACUCAAGGGGAUUUCACGACCAUGCAACCGCUACCAGUGGUCAAAGUUCGACUUUAUACAGAAAACUCCGCCAUACUGGCGCUCGAAGACAAAGAACUGGGCAAGGUUAUCAUAACACCCCCGUUUGCUCCCAAACAACCAGAAUGGUAUCGAAUGACCGUCCCGAAGAACUGUCCCGAUCAGGAUCUUCGAAUAAGGAUCGGUUGUCGAAUGGACAAGCCUUUCAAUAUGAAGCACUGCGGUUACCUUUACGCGAUAGGCAAAUCCGUGUGGAAGAAGUGGAAGAAGAGGUACCACGUGCUGGUGCAGGUCUCGCAAUACACGUUCGCCAUGUGUUCGUACAAAGAGAGACGAAGCGAGCCGUCGGAGAUGAUGCAACUCGACGGAUACACGGUCGACUACAUCGAGCAAGAUUCUGCCAAUAUGAUGGUCGGCGCGAACUUGGACGGUGGAAGGUAUUACUUCAACGCCGUUCGCGAAGGAGACAAUAUAGUGUUCGCCUCGGACGACGAGAACGAGUGUCAGACGUGGGUGAUGGUUAUGUACAGAGCGACCGGACAAUCGCACAAGCCUACGCCACCAGUAUCGGUCGCUGAUAAGAAUUCUACCAUUAGCAAGAUACAGGGCGACGCUGACAGAGCGAAGAAGCACGGCAUGGAGGAUUACAUUAGCGCGGAUCCUUGCAAAUUCGAUCAUCACGCUCUGUUCAAAUUUCUACAAAACUUGAUCCUGGAUUACCGAUUGAACGAUCCGUAUUGCUCCUUGGGCUGGUUCUCGCCAGGCCAGCUGUUCGUUUUGGACGAAUACUGCGCCAGAUACGGCGUGCGCGGAUGCUUUCGUCAUCUGUGUUACCUGAACGAUCUGCUGGACAGAAUCGAUCGAGGAUUCAUGAUAGAUCCGACCCUGGUGCACUACAGUUUCGCCUUUUGCGCUUCCCACGUGUACGGGAACAGGACCGACAGGGUCGUAUCCAUCACCCACGAGGAGAAGGACAAAUUUCAGGACAUCAAGGAAAGACUGAGACAGAUUCUCGAAAAACAAAUUACCAAUUUUAGGUACAGCUUCCCGUUCGGUCGUCCCGAGGGCACGGUGAAGGCUACGCUGUCCCUUCUGGAACGUGUGAUGAUGAAGGAUGGAGUCAGUCCCGUCGACACGGAGGAAGUGAAAGCCCUGAUCAAGAGCUGCCUGGAAACGGCAGCCUUGGUUAAUUACACGAAACUCUCCGCCGAGGCGAAGAUCGAGGACGAUCUGAGUGGCGACGUUUGUGUUCCACCGAACAAGAAGCUCGCUGAUCUCAUACAGCUCGCCGAAAUGUGCGUGGAUCUCCUACAACAGAACGGAGAACAUUAUUCGGAGGUUGUACCGCAGGCGUUCGCCUGGUUUAGCGAUCUUAUGGUGGAGCACGCCGAGAUCUUCUGGUCGUUGUUCGCCGUCGACAUGGACAAAGUGCUCGCGGAACAACCGCCCGAUACCUGGGAUAGUUUCCCUCUCUUCAAAGUGUUGAACGACUACCUCAGGGAAGACGACAAUUUGAAGAACGGUAGGUUUCACCAGCAUCUACGCGACACGUUCGCGCCGUUGGUGGUGUGUUACGUGGACCUGAUGGAGACGUCGAUGGCCCAGUCGAUCCAAAAGGGCUUCGAGAAGGAACGUUGGGAGAUCAAGGGGAACGGAUGCGCCACCUCGGAGGAGCUAUUUUGGAAACUGGACGCCCUUCAAUCGUUCAUCAACGAUCUUCACUGGCCGGACAUGGAGUUUCGUCAACACCUGGAACAAAGGUUGACGUUAAUGGCCAGCGACAUGAUCGAAUUCUGCAUCCAAAAAACGUGCACCGCUUUCCAGUCGUGGCUGAAGAAAGGUGUAACCUUCACCUCGACGGAUUACAUCAUACCAUCGGAAAUGUGCGCGAUGGUAAACGUUAUGUUGGACGCGAAAAACCAAAGCUUCGAACUUUGCACCAUCGAUGGCGUCGACGUGCACCAGUAUCACGCCUCGAUCGACGAUCAGAUAGAGAAAAAGUCGGCCACUAUGACCCAAGGGUUGAUCAAUAAGCUAGUCACGGUUCUGGAAACGACCCUGUCCAAGCUGUCCCGUUACGACGAGGGAUCCCUUAUAGGUUCCAUCCUUAGCCUUACGAAAGUAUCGGGGAGCGGAAAAGAAAUGGGACAGGCCUACGUGAGUUUUACAAGGAACUGUAUGGAUCAGAUUCGCGGCAAGGUGUUGGACGAACUGUGGAUCUUGACGUUCUUCGAGCAAUGGUACACGGCGCAAAUUCAGAUGCUGUGCAAUUGGCUAUCGGAAAGGCUUGAUCACAGUUUACAUCUACACCAAUGUACCUGUCUCGCCCACAUCGUGAAGAAGAUUUAUUCCGACUUCGAGCUGCAGGGUGUCACGGAGGAGAAACUGAACUCGAUGACAUAUCAGACUAUAUCUAAGAGGAUGCAAACGGAAGAAGCGACUUGUGCCUUAACCAUGAGCGCUCAGAACGAAGAGGGGCUUUCGGAGAAUGGUAACGACGACGAGGUGGAGCGGCCAAAAACAAAAGUAACCGUCGUCGAAAACGUGGAUGGGGAAGACGCCACUUACGUGUCCAACAUCAGCAACGUCACCUCGAACGUUGUUGGGAAAGUUGGAAGUAUGUUCGGCAAGGGCAUCGGUGGCCUUUCUACGAAAUUCGGUGGAACCAGUUGGUUCUGAUUAUUAUAAUUACCCUUAUUAUUAUUCUUAUUAUUGUUACUAUUAUUAUGAUUACGAUUAUUAUUCUUAUUAUUAUGAUUACCGUCGUCGUCAUCAUCAUCGUUAACAUUAUGAUUAUUGUCGUCGUCGUCGUCAUCGCCAUUACGAUUUUUAGUAUUCCACCAAUAAUUCUAUAUUCAACUAGUGCGUUCCUUUGUCUACACACAUGUACAUACACACACCGAGAGUGAGUUUCGAUGGCGGGACUGUCCAAAGUACGGUUUGGUCAUUCGUUCGCGCCACGAUUCGUCGAUGGAAGAAUCGUCGUUCGCUACGAUCGAACGAAAGAAUAUAAAUCUUAUCGCUUCGGCACAGACGCGCGUUUUCGUAACUUGUUCUCCGUCAGACCUGUGCGCGUUUCGACAAAAAAAAGAAAUUUCGUUUCGUUGUUCGAUCACGUUCGGCCGUUCGUCCAAGAGAAACGUUGCAUUUCCCUCUUUCGAAUCGGCAGCUGGCGCUGGCAGCUGAAAGGAACGCGGAGACGGGCGAUAUUAUAUUUCCCCUAUUGGAUCGGUUGUUCGGAUACGUAUCAAUUGUUCUCGGUUGCCAAUGCUACCGAUUCUUACACGACGAUCGAAACGAAAACUACCGCAAGCAGGAACACCGUGGUGUCGAAAGUCGCGUACAGAUAGAAGAGCUGAGGCAACCGAAGGUACAAGCUCUCGAAUUUCGGCCGCAUGUUCCUUCCAUCGCCUUGGCACUUCUAGGUCUGUACCAGGCUGAGGACGAUGCAUAUUCUCGGGCGUGUAGUAUCAUUUCUUUCGGUAGAACUUCAUCAUCGACCUCGUUUACAACGAAUAUGAACUAUAGUCGGGACAGAAUCAAAUACCAAAUGUCCUCUCGAGACCGUUAAUCGCGGCAAUCGUAGCUUCUAACUUAUACGUCCUCUUUUGCCUCUCUGUUCGAUGAAACGAAUGCGCAACGUCGGGAGUAUCGUGCAGCCAGAGUUGAGCAAAGUUUUAUUAAUCUUCUAUUUAACAAAUUUUUAAUUUGUAUUAUAUCUUAAAUGUCGCGAAUAUUUCAAUUCGAGUCUAGAGUUUGAGAAAAAUAAAAAGGGAUUUGAAAUGAUCGCGAUAUGUAUCGUUUAUUAUUACUUUGCUUGUUUUACGUACUAAAUAAUGCUGAACUCUGCGAGCAGCCAAUAUCUCGACUAUAGUAAGCGCGCGUGUUUAUCGAAUAAAGUAGCUUAGAUCGCUUAAAAUUAGUAUUUCCAACGAUUCGAUACAAUCGUUGCUGUUGGACGAACAUUCGAGUUCAGCGUUUGUGCCAUAUCAACCGAAACUACGCCUCUAAGGCUUGUUAAGGGCAUUCUACAAGAGCCUUGCUCGUUGAACCUCAUCGUGUCUACGAUAUAUCUAUUACUAUUUACUCCCCUACCCUCUCUACUUGUCUCUACUCGUGUACCUGUUUCAGUCCCUGCCCUACGGCAACCCUUUAUUCCUAUCCGUAUCCAUAUCUGUAUCUUGAAAACGUACGACGUUGUUUACUAAUCGAAUUCGUCGCGUAAUUGCGAGCGUACCUUUUUCUAGACUCCCGCGACGAAGGCUCGUCGGAGAAAAUUACGCCAGUUUCGUCUCGUUUCGUGUCGCUGCUCCGAUAAAUCUUGAUUACAAGAAAUGUAAAGACGCGAUGGGUCCGAUUCGCGACACGAAGCUAAACGUAACGAAACGUAAAGAUGAUCUGAAUUUCAGUUCAAACCAGGGGUAGGAAAACCAACCUCAGCUUGGUCGAGCAGAGUAGAAUUGAUUUUCGUGAAAUAGAAAAAUAUUUUACAAUUAAUAAAAUACAAAUUGAUUAGCAAAGUUAAUGAAAGUUGAACAUAUCCUUUCAUCGAAGACGAGGAAACUUCAUUUAAUAAUGGCGAAUAUCCGUGAAUCGAGGACUCGGGACUCGACCUAUGUUUUCCUUUGCGUUUUGUCCAAGGACCAAACAAGAAAAAGGACGACCACGCCAACCACGAUACACUCGAUAUAAGACCGAUCGACUCUUUAACAUUGAAAAUAACGAUGUAAUUUAUAAGCUGACCCAUAACUGACAAAGUCCGCGGAAGGACCGCAGGUUCCCCCAUCCCUGGUUCGAUCUAUCGAUCGAGCGAGAGCGUCAGAUUUCUUGUCUACCUCAGAUUCCCUAACGAGUAAUUUCGUUGCUACAGAAAGCUUUUGCUAACGCGGGGAGAAAAAUAGCGAAACGUCUCGAACCGCUGAACGAACGAACGAACAAACGAAACGCCAAAAAAAAAAAAAUAAAAAAAGUGUAAAAAGAUCUCGGCCCGUCUUCCGAUCGACGCGUGUUUUGACAUUUUACUAGGCACGAAACAGAUACGCAUUUUAUCGUCUUGUUCUUGUUCGGCGCGCGAGGCGGCACGUGCUUGUCGUUUCUAAAGGUUAAUAAAGACGCGCAACAUUUGCGCGAAUAUUCUUUCGUUAGUAAGGUGAGAGGAGAUGCGUGCUGCAUUCGGAAACAGUUACCAGUAGCAGUUUGUUUGUACAUAACUUUAGUAAGAAAAAAAAAAAAAAAAAUGGUACGAGGAGGAGAUUUUUAUAUCGUGUAUAUUAGCACGUUGAAACGAGUCCCGUCUCGUAAUGUGUCCAAUUGUAUGUACGAUGCGCGAUACGACGUGUCAACGAGCAGUCGCAAACACUCUUCUGUUCGACUUGUGGACAAAAAAUUUCUUAGUUUAUCCUCGACAGAAAUUCUUUGCGCGUGCACGCGCGUAUAAUUAAACGGAUAUAAAUAGCGGAAGUUACGAUUCGUUCUUUCAUAUCAGAGAUGCCUUCCGUGUUUCCGUGAAAGGAUACACGUAGAACGUUGAACGAGCGAGAGCGAGGCGUGCGCCAGGCGCAAUAGCAAUACGAGGGUAUCGAUGGUUCGACGACGGGAUGGUGUAGCUACGAGCAACUUUGAAAAUUUGCGAAAAGAAAUGUGCAUUGCAAUGAAACUCAACGGACGUCAUGUGGCUUUGUUGAUCGAUGAAUCAAUUAAAUACAAUAAAGAUUAAGCAGCGUAGUUUAAAGUGAAUCAAGUUCACUCGAGAAUUUUCAAGAAAAUGUGAAUAUAUAAACAAUCAGGAAAUGUUACUUUUUUCCUCGAAAGGUAAAAUAAAAUUCGCGCGACAGAGGAUUGGCUACGCCCUCUCGACGCUGGACCACCGAUACGAUGCUUCCUGUUCGAUGGAAUUCGAAAACAUUAACGGAAACAUAAAAAAAAAAAAAAAAAAAAAAAGACGAAAAAGAACGGUCCUGUUCGCCUUUUUAUGGUUCUGUAGGCAGAUUAAUUUUGGACAAGCCUUAGUGAAGAACCAUCCGCGACGGUGUCGAAUUUGAUUUUCCCUGGAAUGUUUUGCUUCCCCUUCGUUCCGAUCGUUCGUCACAGCGAUCAACGUCCUUGAAGCAAAAGCCGCAAGGGAUUAAAUCGAGGCCUUGAAGAGUAACUUUAUAAUUUUAGUCGCGGACUGAACGUAUUUCGACGAUCAACGCUAAUCGAGAAGGGCAUUUUUUGAACCCGGACAUGCUAGACGAUGAAAGAAAGAAAGAAAAGAAAAAAAAGAAAAAGAAAAAAAAAAGAAAAACAACGUACAACGUAGUUGAACGUUAUCAAAACUAAAGUUAAAUCGUUGUAGCGCACUCGCAGGAGAUGUUAACGGUACUACAGUUAUUAUAAGUAUUAUUAUUCUUACUAUUGAUAAUUCUCUUGUAAUCUAUGAUUAAUUAGACUAGAACGAUUAAGGAAGGAUCUCUUUUUGCUCCGGCGAUAGUACUCCUGUACAAACUACACUUUACGCUACCUACCCCCUCGCCCUCCACCCUUUCUCUCGUCCCAAUUCCAAUUGGUCACCUUUCGUCGUCCCCUUAACGUUUCAAUCCACUUUUACCUGUUCUCCUUCUCGUUCGACACUUUUCCGAUAGCCGCACGCAGAUACACGCACGCACACGAUAAAAACACAGCGUUGGGCAAGGUGCAGACCGCGACUAUGAUCGAUGAACGAUCGAUAAUCAGGAUUAUCUCUGAAGAAAAAAAAAAAAAAAAAUGACAAACGAGCCACUUACAAUAACAGAUUAAAAAUGUAGUUUUUAAUCCGACGAUUGCGAGUGACGAUCGCUAAAGCAAUCGCUGCCCAACUCUGACACGCAUACACACGAACGCUCUGAUGCAGACGCAGAUAGAGAUUCAGAUACAGAUACAGAUACGAGACAGAAGCAAAUACCUUAGAGGCACACAGCCCACACUUUGGGGCCCUCUCUUCGUUCCCUUAGAUCACUCGGCCUCCAUUGCGUUACCGUAACUUUAGUUGACGAUCAAAAAGAGGGUCGUUUACCCUAGCCAGUGUUCUAUUCGAUUAAAAUUCUAUGCAAUUGUUGUUCUCUCGUUAAUAAAAUGUCCGACAAAGAAGAAA